AUGUUCCAAGCUGUCACCUUCCCAGUGGCUCUGGUCUUCAUCCUGCAGAUCAGCUCGUCGCUUGGUAAGGUCGUUAAUAUUCACAUCUCUUGUGAUACAGGAAGGGGCAGCAAAAUCUGUGGAAGUCCUGGCGACAUUUUAAAUGGAUGGGCCAACGUGUCAAGCAAUGUGUUUGGUGGCAAGGUGACCUUUCACUGUAAUACGGGGUACUUGAUGGUGGGCAGGGCGCUCCGUCUGUGUGAAGCGCAGGGUUGGUCAGGCCAAGUGCCAAACUGUAAUGCUGUGAAGUGUGUUGCACCUCCAGCGAUCGAGAGAGGGAGUGUGUCCGACCUGUUUGAAGGAGACUUUUGGGAAUACGGAAUGGUGGCCGCAUACUCCUGCCAUUCUCCCUACACCUUGAUCGGGGAAAAGGAGAUUGCCUGUUCAGCCUCCGGAAACUGGAGCCACCCUCCACCCAUGUGCAAAGUCGUUAAAUGCUACUCACCAGAGAUUCCCGCAAACAGCAAAGUCUCAUCAGGAUAUGGAUUCAAUUUCAAGUACGGUCAGACAAUAAGCUACACAUGUGAGGUCGGCUUUGAGUUGAUCGGCAGCAGAAUGAUCGAGUGUUCUGAAGACAACCAGUUUCAUCCAGCUCCGCCAAUCUGCAACUUAACUGGAUGCUACCGGCCGCACGACAUUGAUCAUGGAUGGAUCGAGAAUAAGCAGUCCAUUUAUGCACAACAUGCAGCGGUCAAGUACAUUUGCCAGAGGGGCUACAAACUGACCGGCAGUGAAACCAUUUUGUGUACGGGGAAGGACAAGUUCGAUGCUCCUGUCCCCACUUGCCAGUUUAUUUCUUGUGACAGACCCACCAGUGUCUACAAUGGGAGAUUUACACCAGAUAAAGAUUGGUACAACUACGGAGAUGAAGUCACGUUCAGCUGUGAAACUGGAUAUAGGAUGGUCGGCAGGGACAGCAGUCGGUGCGGUGAGGAUGGGACAUUCCACCCACCUUCCUCCAGGUGUGAGACAGUUUCUUGUGACAGACCCGGCAGUGUCUACAAGGGGAGAUUUACACCAGAUAAACAUAGGUACAUCUACGGAGAUGAAGUCACGUUCAGCUGUAACACUGGAUAUAAGGUGGUCGGCAGGGACAGGAGUCGGUGCAAUCAGGAUGGGAUAUUCCACCCACCUCCCCCCAGGUGUGAGACAGUUACUUGUUACCCACCCAGGAUUGUCUACAAUCGGAUAUUUACACCAGAUAAACAUAGGUACAUCUACGGAGAUGAAGUCACGUUCAGCUGUAACACUGGAUAUAGGAUGGUCGGCAGGGACAGCAGUCGGUGCAAUCAGGAUGGGAUAUUCCACCCACCUUCCCCCAGGUGUGAGACAGUUUUUUGUAACAGACCCAGCAGUUUCUACAAUGGGAGAUUUACACCAGAUAAACAUUGGUACGAAUACGAAGAUGAAGUCACGUUCAGCUGUAACACUGGAUAUAGGAUGGUCGGCAGGGACAGCAGUCGGUGCGGUGAGGAUGGGAUAUUCCACCCACCUCCCCCCAGGUGUGAGACAGUUUCUUGUAACAGACCCAGCAGUGUCUACAAGGGGAGAUUUACACCAGAUAAACCUUGGUACGACUAUGAAGAUGAAGUCACGUUCAGCUGUGAAACUGGAUAUAGGGUGGCCGGCAGGGACAGCAGUCGGUGCAAUCAGGAUGGGAAAUUCCACCCACCUUCCCCCUGGUGUGAGAAAGUUUUUUGUAACAGACCCAGCAGUGUCGACAAGGGGAGUUUUACACCAGAUAAACCUUGGUACAACUACAGAGAUGAAGUCACGUUCAGCUGUGAAACUGGAUAUAAGGUGGUCGGCAGGGACAGCAGUCGGUGCGGUGAGGAUGGGACAUUCCACCCACCUUCCCCCAGGUGUGAGACAGUUCCUUGUUACAGACCCAGCAGUUCCAACGAGAGGUGGUUUACACCAGUUAAACGUUGGUACAUCUACGGAGAUGAAGUCACGUUCAGCUGUAACACUGGAUAUAGGAUGGUCGGCAGGGACAGCAGUCGGUGCGGUGAGGAUGGGACAUUCCACCCACCUCCCCCCAGGUGUGAGACAGAAUCCUAUCCAAAGGAAAUACUCACAAUCCAGGAUCUGAUGAAGGUGAUCCUACCAAAGGCCGGUGACAUCAUGGAGGAGAUGAAGUCCAUCAUCAAACUGGAACAUCAACUCCUCCAGAAGGAAGAGAACAUCACCGCAAACUUCCGAGAGAUUUUCCAACUCAUUGAACAAUUUGUUAACAGCACGAGCAUCACUUACUAACUCUAGCUUUACACUUGUUAUUGUUUUUCUGCAAACUUCCUCUUCAUUACAAUCCCCCUGAUCAAUUCUAGAAGCUUCUGAAGUCUGAUAUUCUAAUCUUCUGAAAUAAAGUUGGACAUGAGAGGGUU